AAGAGGGAGAAGAGAAAAUAUCUUCGAUACGACGUCGUAUCUUCUGUCAGCCCCAAAUGAAGCCCUAAUUUCCCCAAUUUCCCCAAUUUCUCAAAGGUGGGUGAUGAUGGCUACCACCAACAUUUCCGCCUCUUUACUUCUCGUUUCAACUACCCGUACAAGAAAACAAGCUUACAGUACUACGGCCAAAGCAUCGCCGUCGUCAUCGUCAUCGGAAAAGGUCGAAAUAAGAGUGUGUACAGACAAGCCAUGCAGAAAGCAAGGCUCUUCCGACACUCUGCAAGUACUCUCCGGAAUCGCCCCUCCGUUCGUCACGGUGAACUCGUGCGGGUGCCUCGCGCGUUGCGGGUCGGGUCCCAAUAUUGUAGUUCUGCCGGGGCCUACUUUUGUGUCGCACUGUGGGACCCCAACCAAGGCCGCCGGUGUGAUGUCCGUCGUCUGCGGCGGCGGGGUUGAAGAUAAUGCCGCCGGCGAAGCGGCGGCGAGUAGUGUGAGCAGGUGUUUGGAGGCGUUGGCGUUGAGGAAGAGAGCUGAAGAUGAGAUGGGCCGAGGCGAUUUCUCUCUGGCUUAUAGUUUACUCUCGCAGGCUGUAGAUCUCAAACCAUUUGGCGGUCUACAUAUAAUAUACAAGGACAGGUCUGCUGCGAGGUUGGCUGUGGGAGACGUAAAUGGAGCACUUGAAGAUGCUAAGCAGGCUUUGGCUCUUGCACGUUACUAUCCCGAGGCUUAUAUUUGCGAAGGUGAUGUUUUUAUGGUUAUGGAACAAUUCGAUGCUGCUGAGGAGUCGUAUUCAAUUGCUUUAGAUUUAGACCCAUCCAUUCGUCGUUCCAAAUCGUUCAAGGCUAGAAUUGCAAAGCUUCAGGAGAAACUAGCUCCUGCAGACUUGGCUUGAAUACGGCUUUACGUUGGGGUUGGUUAUCGAACAAUUGUAAAGGAAAUAACUAAUAGAAUAUAAUGUACCAAUACAUUGCAAUUUCUCAUUCGUCAUCUAAUAGAGUAUUGUUAUACUGCCUCAUCAUUUUGACUUGUGAAGUCGGCA